AUGCUUUUUGAGAUUAUCAAGAAGCAUGUGGGAUUGCAGAAUAAUUCACAAGAGGAUGGUUGGCGGCCAUCCUACCUACGAAAACGGAUAUUGGCUCUCUUCGUGAUCGCUUUCUGUACAAUCAUUGCUACACUCGAGGCGCUAUACCAAUCAUCCGAAGCUCACGAUGGCAUUGCCGCUUCAACUGAAAGCCGCCAUUAUCUUUGGACAUACGGACCGACCGCUAUACUCACUAUAAUCGCUACUUUCUGGUCACGAGUUGAGUUCCAAGCAAAACACAAUGCGCCAUGGCAGUCAAUGCUCGAAGGUCCUCAGCCAGCGGAAAAGAGUGUGCUCUUGGAUUAUACAUCCGAUAUGCAACCGGUGGCAUUGUGGAAAGCGUUUAAAAAUAGGCACUUAAUUGUAUUCUCGGGUGUUGCGUGCUCUUUGCUUCUACAGCUCAUGAUCGUUUUUUCAACCGGUCUCUUUUCACUCGAAGAGGUCAAAGUUCACAAGCAAAAUGUGACCAUCCAACUUCAUGACUUAUUCAGUCCACAUAACUCAACGCUUGAUAUUGUUGGUUCUCAGCCAUACGACAUAGUGAACGGCUUAGCAUUUGACAAUCUCGCCUACCCGCUUGGUACAAAUGUCGACUUGACGUUCCAAGAAUUUUCAGCUCCCAGUCUUCCCUCCAAUGCCAUAAUCACUGCGCCUAUAGACGGCUUGAUGGCUGAUCUGAACUGUGAAACGGCAAGUCUCGAUAUCGAAGGCUUGGAAUGGUCAGAAGUUAUUGAUCAAGACACCGGUUCAGUCAGAAGUGCAACGCUAGUCCAACAUUUCCGCUUGGCAACCUCAUCGUGCACAGUUGACAACUUCAGUCAAGUAACACUUGGCGAUAAGGAGAUCACGCAAGCGGCGAUCUUUCAAUGGGGGCGUUGUAAAAAUACCACCGACUCAAAUGGCACUCGUGUUGUGGUAACCUUGGCCGAGCUCCACAAGAAUACCAACACCGCUAAAAACACGACUGCCAACACUCGCCGUUUUCAACCUAAACAUGAAGACACACUUCUACAAUUGAAUCGGUCCAUAACGUUGAUCUGCAAGCCAACUCUGUCUCGGGUCCAGCUGGAAGCUGAAGGAAACGCAACGGAAGCAUCGUCCAAUAUCCAACUUCGCACGCUUGGAAUUCAGGAUGCAAACUUUCCAGAACUGACCGCCGGAGACCUCGCCGCAUUUAUUAAUGACAAUGUCAGCGAUACCUCCGGAUUUAGAGGCAUUGAAUAUUUUAAUCCUUUCGCGAAAGAUGUAUACGUGGAUGAUCAAAUAAAGCUCGGGAUGCUUCUCUCCCAGGAGACCACCACCAUGGAGGCUCUCUGGCAGGAUGAUGGCCUGAAAAACGCGGCUGCAGCGUAUUAUAGAGCAAUCACUGCCCAGCUGAUGCAUAUGGGUCUCGUUCACAGACAUGAGUCAACGACAAAUGGCUCCGCACUUAUGAAUGAAAAACGGGUGUUAAUGAUGGAACUGCCUCUCCGCGUGAUAGAGGCCUGUCUUGCAGUAACCAUCUUGUUUACAAUCUCGAUGCUUUGGCUCGUUCCCCUCAAAACUACAGCAACCUGGAACUCGGCUCAUAUCUCGGCGAUUGCAGCCAUAACGGCGAUCAGCGAAGACUUUAGAUCGUCUCUCCGUGGGACUGGAGCAGCGCCAAACUCAGUACUUCAAACGCAUCUUGUUGGGAAGAGCUAUUACUCCCAGUCUACUUCCGAGGGUACAUCGAUUCAAAUUGCAGAAGACACCCGCAGGAAUUCAGCACCCGAAAAAAAAGUUGACAGGGAGUACCGCACGUGGAAACCAUUUCCUAGUCUCUGGUUCCGCAUAGCUAUCUUUAUUCUGGUUUGUUCAGCCAUUGCGAUGUUGGAAGUCUUGUUGCAUCUUUCUCAGAAGAACGAAGGGCUGGGAAAUGCAACUCCUGCCAAUGAGUACACGCAUUACUUGUGGACAGUUAUCCCUGCUGGAAUUAUGACAGGAUUCAGCCUUCUAUUCGGUAGUAUCGAUUUCAAUACGAGGUGUCUCGCUUCAUACGCACAUCUCAAGCGACCCAGGGGAGCUACUUAUGAACAGUCCAUGAGCUUGAGCUUCCUGGACUCCCAUGGUGUCAACAACAGUCUGCGAUCUCUUCGGCCUGGGCAUUGGGCUGUGCUAGCAACCACUCUUGCUACUGGGGCUGCAUGGUUCCUGACGAUCGUGAUCAGUGGUCUCUAUUCCGCCAUAGAAGUCCCUUCUCAUACUUUGGUCAACUUUACGCGAGUUGGUGGAUUCCCAGACCCCAGGACCAUUCCUGGAGCUAAGGUGAACAUCGAAGAGACGCAGGAAGUGGCAGGUAUCCUCCUUUCGGAAUACAUUCUCCAGUAUAACUUUAGCUUCCCUCGCUGGAGCUACGAUGAACUUGCUCUUGCAAAGUUGUCGAUGGACAACACCUCAACCAAAGCUGACGUGAACGGAACCUAUGUGGAUAUUCGAGUUCCGGCCUUGAGAGCUGCUCCAGUCUGCCACUUUCUUAACGCCACGGAUUUGAAUGCAAACCUCACUCGCUAUGCCUCUGGAAAAACCGUGUCCUAUCAGCUCAGAGUCAACACGACCACAUUGCCAUGCCCUGGUAACAACACGGGGUAUUCUGGACUGACCAAUGUCUUCACAGUCAACAAUCUGGAAGAUGGGCCAUUUGGAUAUUCGGUUGAGUCUGAAUGCCACUCCAAUAGUGGUCUAACCGGAUCCUCUCACUAUACUGAGACCUAUAUUUGGGGACAUGUAAACUCCACUUCCGUGAAGUCUAUCAUGGGUAUGAAUUGCAUACAAUACGCCGAGACAGUGGAUGUGAUGACGCGAUUUAAAUUGCCAGAUAUGGACAUUGAUGAAAACCACCCUCCCGUACCUGAUGAAUCAUCAGCAAAGCUGGCCCCGGAUCUCUACACACCACUACCCGAGUGGUGGGCCCUGAAUACAAAUGGAGAAUAUCCAACUCUCGACGGCUUUUUCUACCUAUUGAUCGCGGGGAGAUACGCCAUCGCAUCUGAAAAUCUCAAAGAUCCAGCAAAGAAUGAAACAGUCAUCAAAGCAAUCAAGCAUCAGCACAAGCUCAUCCAAGCUCAACAAUUCAACAAUUACACUCGGAGUACCUCAAACGACAGUAUGGAGCACGCACCUCUCCUUGGGAGCAUCACCGACACGAAUCGUGUAAGACUGAUGCAGGACGCUACCUCGACCCGAAUUCUAGAAGGCUUGUUGGGGGCUAUACUUGUUCUCGGCAUUCUCGGUACGGUCGUUUUGAAUACUGAUCAUGUUCUGCCGAAAAAUCCGUGCAGUAUCGCAUCUGUCGCGAGUCUUCUGGCCGACUCAAGUCUUCUGGACCAAUUCGUACAAGGGCUGUGGGACCCGAAUGACAAGUCGCUGCGCCAGACCUUUGCUGGUCGUCAAUUUUACCUUGGUUGGUGGGAGCAUGGGCCUUCAGAUGGUACAGAGAAUGGGAGGGUAUUUACAAUUGACCAUGUAUCAGCUGGGAAGGAAAUGUGA